AUGCCAUGUCGUAUUCCACCGGGACUGGUGCGCCAUGUUCACGGUGCAGCAGUCGAGGUGAGCUUGCUGAGCAGAACCCGGUUGAUCGUGGCUCACCAACGCGGAUGGCGCUGGGCACUGGCCCUAGAUUUGUUCCGCGCGGUGCGAGGAAGCCAGCUCAGGCUCGAUGCCAUUUGCUUCAACGCUGCCCUUGCGGCCUGCCGGCAGGGUGCCCAGUGGCAAGCUGGCCUCCACAUCUUCUGGGAGAUGCCCUCCGAGAGGAUUCGACCCAAUGCCAUCAGCUGCAAUACGUCGAUUGCCGCCUGCGCCCGGGGGGCUGCCUGGCACGUGGCACUCUGUCUGCUGGCUUCCGGUGUGGACAAGGUAGGUGGAGGUGCAGCGCUGGAUGCCCUCGCGCGUGCUGCAGAGUGGCAGCGAGCGCUGGUCCUCUGGCUCGCUUUGCCGGGCCUGCGGGCCAUCCCCGACCAGGUCGCCCGGAACAGCCUCCUGGCCGCCUUCGCCGAGGCAGCACAGUGGCGCGAGGGCCUGGCGCUCCUCGAAACAG